AACAACUUCCGACUUCCUCCUCCGGUUGAGCAAGUCAAAGCUGCUGCAAUGGAAAAGCUAAUUUUGCUCUUACUGAAAUUAUGUAUUCUGGUUUGUGUUGUGCAUGCUGUAUUUGAGGAUCAAGUGGGAAAAUUUGACUGGAGGCAGCAAUAUGUAGGGAAAGUUCGUUUUUCUCAUUUCGACACACAAAUCCAGUCAUCCAAAAAAGUCCUUGUAGCAACAGAGAGUAAUGUUUUUGCUGCGUUAAAUACCAGGACAGGAGAGCUUUUAUGGCGACAUGUGGACAAAACUGGUCCUGAGGGAAACAUCGAUGCUUAUCUGCACUACGCACAAGAUACUGUUCUUGUGGUUGGAAAUGGGCGCAUGUUGCGCUCCUGGGACGUAAACAUUGGAGGUUUGAACUGGGAGAUUUUGCUGGAUUCUGGCAGUUUUCAAUCGGCAUGUUUAGUGGGGCAGCAAGGCAUAGUCAAACAUGUAGCUGUUUUGAAGAAAACUGUGAUCUCUGUCCAUUAUUUGUCUAAUGGGCAUCAAAAAUGGAUAGAGAACUUGCCAGAAAGUGAAACUGUGGAUUAUCAAACCGUGUAUUCAGAUGGAAAUGGUCAAGUCUUUGUGUUGGGAAUUGUUCCCCAUUCCCAUAUCACUAUAGUUGUUUACAGCAUGGAGGAUGGAGAGAUAAUCAAGCAGGUCUCGGUUGAAGCUCCGUGGCUGUCCAACAUACCAGGCAGCUGUGUUGUGGUUGGUCAGGGGAUGCUGAUGUGUGUAGACUCAACGACACUGUCCUUAAACAUACUCGACUUGCACCAACAGCUACAGAUGACACAGAUCCCCCUGCAGUCGCUCGGACUUGAAGUGGACCCAGGCUUUCAUCCAUCUCUGGUGUCACACCAGCCCAACCCUGCCCAAAAGCCAUUAUCAGAGUUCUUCCUUCAGCUUGGGCCUGAGCGCAUUCUGCUCCUGCAGUUGAACAAUGGGCAGAUUGUAAAAUUAAACGAUUUCAAGCCUUUGAAGGUUCUGCUGGCUUCGUUUGCUACCACUGGAGAGAAGACUGUAGCUGCUGUUAUGUCACCCAAGAAUGCGACUGCUUACAGUAUAAACCUCUUUAGCGCUGACACUGGGCGCAGACUUCUUGACACAACUCUGAUUUUCCCUGUGGAUCCUAACGGAGGCAAACCAGAGCGGCUGCAUGUCCAAGCAUUCCUGAAGAAGGAUGACUCUGUUGGCUACAGGGUCAUGGUGCAGACAGAAGACCACGCACUGACUUUCAUACAACAACCAGGGCGUGUAAUGUGGACAAGAGAGGAGGCCUUGUCAGAUGUGGUGACAAUGGAAAUGGUGGAUCUGCCCCUCACUGGGACGCAAGCUGAGCUGGAGGGCGAGUUCGGCAAAAAGGCCGCCAUCCAAGAUGGGUUGUUGUCUAUGGUGUUGAAGAGGCUCUCGUCUCAGCUCAUCAUGCUGCAGGCCUGGAUCGCUCACCUCUGGAAGCUGUUCUACGACGCCCGAAAACCCCGCAGUCAGGUCAAGAACGAAGUCUCCAUCGAGAACCUGUCCAGGGACGAGUUCAACCUGCAGAAGAUGAUGGUUAUGGUUACGUCAUCCGGGAAGCUGUUUGGGAUCGACAGCAAGACUGGGGGGAUUUUGUGGAAGCACUACCUCGACAACGUCCCGUCGAACGCCGCUUUUAAAUUAAUGGUUCAGCGCACCACGGCGCACUUCCCUCACCCUCCGCAGUGCACGCUGCUCAUCAAAGACAAGGACACGGGCCUGGCCACGCUUCAUGUGUUUAACCCCAUCUUUGGAAGGAGAAGUCAGGUCACACCACCCGCCCUACCUCAGCCCAUUCUCCAGUCACUGAUGCUCCCACUCAUUGACCAGGAUUAUGCCAAAGUCCUGCUCCUCGUCGAUGACCAGUACAAGGUUUCUGCCUUUCCUUCAACCAAGAAUGUCCUGCAGCAGCUUCAGGAAACGGCUUCUUCCAUCUUCUUUUUCAUCGUCGACUCCAGUCAGGGAAGACUCUCUGGUUACAGACUGAGAACGGACUUGUCAACCGAGCAGGUCUGGGAGGUGGCCAUUCCAACAGAAGUGCAGAAGAUCGUCUUUGUUAAGGGCAAAAGGCCCAAUGAGCACGUGCACUCACAGGGCAGAGUGAUGGGAGACCGCAGUGUGCUGUAUAAGUACCUGAACCCAAAUCUGCUGGCCGUGGUGACCGAAAGCACAGACUUGCAUCAGGAGCGCAGCUUCAUCGGGAUCCUGCUGAUCGAUGGCGUGACCGGUCGGAUCAUCCAUAAGGCUGUUCAGAGGAAAGCCAGAGGACCGGUGCAUGUUGUGCACUCUGAAAACUGGGUUGUGUAUGAAUACUGGAGCACAAAGUCUCGCAGGAAUGAGUUCUCUGUAAUUGAACUUUACGAGGGGAUGGAGCUGUACAACAGCACGGUGUUCAGCUCGCUGGAUCGGCCGCACGCUCCUCAGGUACUCCAGCAGUCUUACAUCUUCCCCUCUUUCAUCUCCACCAUGGAGGCCACCCUGACUGAGAAGGGCAUCACCAGUCGCCAUUUGCUCAUUGGUCUGCCGUCCGGGGGGAUUCUGUCGUUACCAAAGAUGUUCCUGGACCCACGCAGGCCAGAAAUCGUGUCUGAGCAGACGCGGGAAGAAAACCUGAUACCGUACGCACCAGAGCUGAUCAUCCGCACCGAGUGGUUCAUCAACUACAACCAGACCGUGUCAAGAGUGCGAGGCAUUUACACGGCCCCGUCCGGACUCGAGUCCACCUGCUUGGUGGUGGCAUAUGGUCUGGACAUCUACCAGACCCGCGUGUAUCCCUCGAAGCAGUUUGACGUGCUGAAGGACGACUACGACUACAUGCUCAUCAGCAGCGUCCUCUUCGCCCUUUUCUUCGCCACCAUGAUCAGCAAACGCCUGGCAGAAGUCAAACUGCUCAACCGGGCCUGGCGGUAAAGGCGACCGCAUCGAGUCCCGCACCUGAGAGCGCCGCGGCUUGUACGGAGGCCCUCGCUCCGAGGAGAGGAGAGGAGACUGCUGGGGCUGAGCCUGCAGGGGGAAACACAGGCCCAACGUUCAAUAAGGCCCUUAAGGAACUGCAGGGGACGGUGGGGAGGGGGUGAAACAAGGGGUUACAAAAAGGUUUUAUGUGUUUUUUUUUGUUUUUUAACUUAUUUUGCAAAAAGACUUAAAUGCUCCAUGAUAGAAACAUCUUUCCCCCACAUCACUUUUAAUAAAUGUUGAACACAUAAUUAACUCCAAAUUAAUUUAACAGACUUGGGGUUAUUAAAUUAUACUUGUCCAGUUAGGUGCUUAUAUAUCGUUUAUUCUUUAGAAAUCGUACAUAAUUCAGCAGUUCUAAAGGAAAGCUUGUAAGAAAUUAGAAAAAUCAGAGCAGAGGAGGAAGAAAACUGAUUGUGAGCCUUAAUGGUUUGUGCUAAAUUGCCUUGAUGUAGUUUUGAACUGAUGGUAGAGGAGCUGAACUCUGAUGAUGAUCUCUGGUCAGCCGCUGAGAUUACUAACAGAAGGUGCUGUUAUUAAAUUAAAGGAAAAUAUCCAACAGUAGACUUGAUUUUUUUUUUUUUUUUUUUUUUUCCUGUUUUGAGCCAUUAAAAUCUUUUAAAGAA